AUGCGGGGGCAGCUGGAGCGGAGCCGCGGCGAGUGGCGGCAGCUGGAGGAGGAGUUCGGGCAGCUCCAGGAGGCUCACAAAGUUUACAGGCAGAAGCUUGAAGAAGUCACCAGCCUGCAGACGGCCUGCAGCAGCUCCAUACAGAAGCAGAAGAAGACGCUGAAAGACUUGAAGCACCAACUGCAACGGUGCAAGCCCAGAGCUAGUCCUGAAGAAUUUGCUCUCAUACAGCAAAUCAGCAGCCAGAUCAAAGAGAGGCAAAAUGUUUUCUUUGACAUGGAAGCCUACUUGCCAAAGAAGAACAGUCUGUACUUGAAUCUUGUGCUGGGAAAUGUGAAUGUAACUCUUCUGAGUAACCAGGCAAAGUUCGCCUACAAAGACGAAUAUGAAAAGUUCAAACUUUAUCUGACUAUAAUCUUGCUACUCGGGGCUGUGGCCUGCAGGUUUUUCCUUCACUACAGGGUGACAGAUGAAGUGUUUAACUUUCUAUUAGUGUGGUAUUACUGCACGCUGACGAUACGGGAAAGCAUUCUCAUUAGCAAUGGAUCAAGGAUCAAAGGCUGGUGGGUGUCUCAUCACUACGUUUCCACAUUUUUGUCCGGGGUGAUGUUAACGUGGCCAGAUGGACUCAUGUAUCAAAUGUUUCGCAGUCAAUUUUUAGCGUUUUCAAUAUUCCAAAGUUGUGUUCAGUUCCUCCAAUAUUACUACCAGAGGGGCUGCCUCUACAGGCUCCGUGCUCUGGGCGAGAGAAACCACUUGGACCUUACAGUGGAAGGAUUUCAGUCCUGGAUGUGGCGGGGGCUGACCUUCCUCCUCCCCUUCUUGUUCUUUGGCCACUUCUGGCAGCUAUAUAAUGCAAUCACACUUUUUGGAUUGUCAAGGCAUAAGGAGUGCAAAGAAUGGCAGGUCUGUGUGUUGGCUUUCACGUUUCUGCUGCUCUUCCUCGGGAACUUCCUCACUACGCUCAAAGUGGUGCACACUAAGCUGCAGAAAAACAAGGACAAAGUGAAGCCGCUGUGAGGCGGCUGCGGGGGCUGCUCCUGCCUGCGCCCGCGGCGGGAACGGGCCCCGCGCAGAGCUGUCCCCAGGGCUGCCGAGGGACAUGGACUAUCCUGGCACACACUCAGUAUUAAGCAAGCAUGGCUCUCCUAUUUAUGUAUAUUUAUACAAAACAUGCUUGCUUUUUAUUUUUUAUUUUUUUUCCUGUAUAUCCAGCAGCAUGCACCUGCCAGAGGGAGUGCCGGUACUGGGAGAAUGUGGGAUCUACUGUAAUUCCAGUUCUGGAGUAAUCUCUGAUGCUCUCCUCUCCAGUUUACUUAUUUAAAUUUGGGGCAUUGGAUUUGCAAAGCUUUAUAAACACUCCAGGUUGCUCAAUAAUACAGACCGAAUGUUAUUUUUAAGGCAUUUAAGGCUAAUUUUCAGUGGCAAUAUUAACCUGUGUGUACUAUGAAAAAAAAAAAUUCCAUCUUUGAACCAUACUGCUGCUAUAUACACUUUUUAAAAGUUAUUUAAUGAAGAGAAAUUUUAAAAAACAGCAACCAAAACUAGCUGCUAAAUGGCAAGGAGGUCUGCUAACUUUCUUCCAGAGAGACCAAGUAAUUUGUCUGGGUCUGGAAAAGGUUUAAAAUAAAUUGCAUAGUAUGCAGCUGGCUCAGCUCUUUUUUAAUAAUAAACACCCUGCCCUUUGGGUUGGAGCAUUUAUUUGCUGAGCCUCCUUUUCUUGAAAAUGACCCUCAUCAGGGCAUUAGGUGCAACAGCCACUGCCCUUCCUGUUCUGUUGUCAGUAUUUUUUGCUUCCAGGGUCACUCUGGAAAGGUGAAGACAGACUGAGCCUAAGUAUUAAAUCCUUCCUUUCAAUACCAUUAGGGGAUAUCAAGGUGGCAAGAGUUAAGAGAAUGUAUACGCUCCCUCGGAAGUCUGUCUGAGGGGAAAUCCUGACCCUCACCCUUGUCUCCUUGUGCUUCUUGGACUGAAUUUACUCACUCAAAUACAGCUUGUUUGGGUGUUUAACUCUGUACCUCCUAAACCCAGCUUCCAAAGUGUGCGCUGUUUUAUGCAGCACCUUUCUCAACUGUAGGACUUUUCUUUGUGCUGGCACAAUGUCCAGAUGGGGCAAAUGGCUUUAGCAGAAUGUGACUGGAAAAUGAUGCCCUUCUCCCACAAAGA